GCCCCGCACGGGCCCGGGGGGAUGAGGCUGGAGGGGACGCGGCUCCGGGAGCCGGUCGCCAUGGCAACCCACGCCGGGCCGCCUCGCGCCGCGGACCCGCUGCCGGAAGUGACGUCGCGCACCUGCCGAGCCCGGACGAGGUGCGGGCGGCCGCCGCCAGCCAGUCGGGAGCGCGCGGGGCGCGGGGCACCGGAGCCGGACACAGCCGCCUACCUGCGGUCCCCGCCCGCGGCGGUCGCUCGGCCGCCACCAUGGCGCUGCUGCUGGGCUUCGCGCUCCUCGGAGCGGCGGCGGAUCUCACCGGAAGUUUGCAGAUUACUACUCCUGAACAGAUGAUUGAAAAGGCCAAGGGAGAAACCGCCUAUUUGCCUUGCAAGUUCACCCUUAGUCCCGAAGACCAGGGACCACUGGACAUCGAGUGGCUAUUGUCACCUCCGGAUAACCAGCUGGUGGACCAAGUGAUUAUUUUAUAUUCCGGAGACAGAAUUUAUAAUGACUACUAUCAAAACCUGAAGGGACGAGUACAUUUUACAAACAGUAAUCUCAAAUCUGGCGAUGCCUCAAUAAAUGUGACGAAUCUCCAGCUGUCAGACAUCGGCACCUAUCAGUGCAAAGUGAAGAAAGCCCCUGGCGUUGCAAAUAAGAAGAUCCAGCUCACCGUGCUAGUUAAACCUUCGGGUACAAGGUGUUCCAUUGAUGGAUCAGAAGAAAUCGGAAGUGACUUCAAACUAAAAUGUGAGCCCAAAGAAGGUUCACUUCCUUUACGAUAUGAAUGGCAGAAAAUGUCGAACACGCAGAAACUUCCCACCUCGUGGCUAGCAGAAAUGAAUUCACCUGUUAUAUCUGUCAAAAAUGCUACCACUGAGUACUCCGGGGUAUACAGCUGUACCGUCAAAAACAGAGUGGGCACUGACCAGUGCAUGCUUCGCCUCGAUGUGGUUCCUCCUUCCAAUAGAGCAGGAACAAUUGCAGGAGCUGUCAUUGGGAUUUUGCUUGCCCUUGUGCUCAUCUCUCUAAUCGUCUUCUGCUGCCGUAAAAAGCGCAGAGAAGAGAAAUAUGAAAAGGAAGUUCAUCAUGAUAUCAGGGAAGACGUCCCCCCUCCCAAAAGCCGCACGUCCACAGCCAGGAGCUACAUCGGCAGUAAUCACUCAUCGCUGGGAUCCAUGUCUCCUUCCAACAUGGAAGGAUAUUCCAAGACUCAGUAUAACCAGGUGCCGAGUGAAGACUUUGAACGUGCGCCUCAGAGUCCGACUCUCCCACCAGCCAAGGUAGCUGCCCCCAAUCUGAGCAGGAUGGGAGCGGUGCCUGUCAUGAUCCCAGCACAGAGCAAGGACGGGUCUAUAGUGUAGAGCUCUGCACCUUCACCGCACCUGCUCUCCGCAUCACUUUCCUGCUCCUGAAGCCAAAACCUGUCAGUUCUCAAUGUUGUUCCUAGCCUCACAAUUUAUGAGAAAGAAAUUAACUGUAAACUGUAAGAAAUGUACUUCAAAAAGUUUGGUUUGGUUACAUUGCAAUAAUAAAGGCAUGCCAGUUACUAAAGACAUAGUCACCAUCCUGGAAAAGACCUCCUAUAGGAGUUUGAUUUUUAUCGAUUUCUGAGUAUCUGCACCUCUGAGUAAAAUGUAGCACUUUGAACACGAAGUCACAGGUGAAGAAACUGGUGAACUGAUAUGCACACCAAGAUGAUACUUGAAUCACCUGAAAAGGGGUACUUUGUUGUUUCUACUGUUAUUUCUAGGGUCUUGAAUUCAUGACUCCCUUCUCAAACUGGUUUUAAAAACGGUCAUGGUGAAAACACUUAUGUACAUCUGUGUUCUUGUUUUUAUAGCUUUCCUGAAAACUCUUAAGUGUGUUUGGGAUAUAUUUCUAAUGUGGAAAACACUGCAGUGUUCUUCCGAGUCAUGCAUUUACCUUGUGUAUGGGAUCAGUUCCUGUCUAACAGGCAGAUGACUGUAGGCGCAGGGGGGCAAAGGUAAAUAAAGCCGCUUCAUCUAGAAAAUGUGCUGCUGACUGCAUAGGUUAGUAGCAGUGACACGAGCAGUGCAAUCGUGGGGACAGGUAGUACUGAGGAGUGAUCUGCUGACGCGCUGAGCCCCGUGCACUAGCCUCAAAGCAGUGACCAGUCAGAUCAAGGAUGUAGUGUUUUGCAUUUCUGAACAAAAUAUUAACUGCCUACCUGAGGUGAUAUUUUUCUAGUAAGAUUCAAAACAGCUCGUUAUUUAUCAGCUACAGAUAGAAAUUCUGAUUAUUGCCUCCAGAUUUUUUUUUUUUCAUGCCUUAGCAUUUUGUUUUUGAACGGUGUUGUAUAUGGAUGUGUGUAUAUAAACAUGUGUUCUGGGAAAAUUUACUCUCUUGAAUGCAGUUCCUGGUGAGUCUUUUCUUCAUAGAGUCAGUGGUGAAAGACAAGUAAGCAAGCUAGUAAGUGUCCUCCCUCGGGCCUGUGGCGCACUUGGGAGGAUGUCCAGCUGCUGCUGUAUGUCGGCUGUAUGGCCGACGCACACGGCUUUGCGUAGCUGCAGCAAAUCAAGCUGAGCUCUGAGAAGUCUGGGUCUUAGUUUUGUGAAAGUGAUUUUAUUCUUUAAAGAUAAGAUAAGUGAAAAAGAAGAGGAGUAGAAGGAAUGCUCCUAACUGCCAAAUGUGUUAAAUACUGUUUUAGAGAAGAAAGUGAGUUUACUGUAUUUCCCUUCAGAUUGUGAGGGAGUGUGGAAAUAGUAGAAUGAACCGACAGUUUAUUAAUAGUAAACAAGUUCUGCAAUCAGUUAUUUCACUAGCUCUAUGACCUUCUCCCUAGAUUUUAGUAGGGAGUUGGUUUCUGUUCAUCUCUUUGGGUGCUGUGAUGGAAAAUGCCACAUUAUAAAUUCAUGUUGGCAUGAAUUUACAGUUAGGCGGAGUAUUGUGUAUACUUUUUCAUGGUAAACUUAAGCUGAAUGUCUAUGUAAUGGCUUAGCGUAUAGUUUUACAUAUUUGGAAGCAUUUUUACAUAGGAUUUUGACCUUACGUAGCCAUAGUGCUUCUACACUUGUGUUAACAUUUUCAUCUGUGCCUUUUUGGUCAUUUAAUUUUUCUUAGGAGUUUCUGGUGCCUAUGAACUAGCUAUCACCUGGCCGGUGCGUAGAGGUGAAGGUACUGUUCUUUACAGCACGUCACUGUGAGACCGCUCUAGACUCAUGCUUUCAACCUUGCCGUCUCUUCUUUUCUUUCUGGAUGCAACUGAAUUAAUUGUGUCAUUCCUAAAGAAAGAUUUUAGAAUUUCACUGUGCUCAGCACUCUUUAUGUUUCUGACUUUAUAGCUAUUUGAAUGCUAAUUGGCCUAUUUGAUAUGAACAAAAUUAUAAGAUAUUAUAUGAACUGAUACAAACUCUUAAUAGUCCAGCUUCCCUGUAAUGAAGAUCGUGUCAAACUGAAUAUAAUCAGACUCCCUCUUUCACUCUUAGACGAGGAUUUGGCUAUAAGUCAAUCAGAACCGAAUUUUUGAAGUGCUUUCAGUUGCGAUCCAAACCAUUUAUAGCCUGAGAAAGGAGCUCUUACCAAGUCAGUUCAUGACUUGAAGACACCUAUUGGAUGUGACUGGAUUCCAACACUAGAAUUCAACCAGCAGUUGUCAUUGUGAAUUCUAGUCAAUUGAAAGGUCUGAUGGUGCUAACUUUCAAAAUAAUUGUCACUGGUGACUUUUCCAUCGGGCAUAUUUACUCUAACAACCCUGUAGGUAAUCAUCAGGUAGUUCAACAAAAAGUUAUUGUUCAGUCGUUUUUAUUAUUAAACGCAACAGCUUUGGUUGAGGACAGCACUGUAUCUUCAAAGCAAAAUUAACAGCUUCUAUUUAUUUUACACCUGGGAGACUUGACACCAUCUUUUUGAAAGUUAAGUGGUGUGACCUGAAAUGUUGAAAAGACAUCAUACCAUUGACUAUUUAGUUUUGUGCUUUGUGUAGUUUACAAAUGUUUUCUUGAAGUAAUAUAACUUUAUAACAGAUCUUACUGGCAAGCUUAUUAAUAUCCUUCUAUUAGACAAAACGUUUUUGUUGUCCUUAUUGAUUACAUUGACCAGAUAUUCCAGGAAAAUCAUACCUUAACAUCUGGGCUGUCUGCCUUGAAUGUUGUUACGGUGGAAACACAACCUGUGUGUGUCUUGGGGUAGGGGAGGGAAGAUUAUUUGGUUGUAUGAAUAUGUAUGAAUAUGAAAAAUACUUGCUUUUAUUAAAAAUAACUUUUAAAGAUUAAACUUUAGAAUUUGCGACAACUGAAGGGGCGAGUAAGAUUUUGAUUCAGCAUUAAAAAAGGAAUCAUUUUGCAUGAAGGUGGAUAUCAAAUUCUGUGAUAGAUGGCUUCUUAAAAGAACACUUCUUUUUUUGUGUGCAUGUAGCAUGUCAAUUGGAAGUUAUGUGAAUGUUUAUAAAGGUUUUCUUUUUUCAUCUCAACAGUAUUUAGGGCUUUCAGAUGCCUUAUUCAUCCAUAUUUUAUGUGGUCAAUGUUUCGGUGUGUCACACAGGAGUAGUUUGUAGAGAAGUUUACCCUUUCUAGUGAUGUGUGACACUAUAUAUAUGUAUAUACAUCUUUAUGAUAUUCCUGUGUUGCGUAGUAUAUAAAUGUUCUGGGCAAGUUUAAUAUUUCAAAUGCCUCUGUAUCUUCUUGCAAUAAAGGCAACAUGUUCUGCAGUUGGACUUUUUACUUGUUUGCCUGUUUUGACACUAACAAGUCUGUACCUGAGCACAAAUUUGACUUACAAAUGUUAAAAAAUCAGGGAAGAAUAAAUUUAUGAAUUGUGGUUCCGUUUGCCUAGUGGGUGGUAACACUGGCAAAUACUUUUACAAGAUACUCAAUUUUGAUGUUUUUUGUUUUGUUUUAAGAGUACAGCGAAUGUCACUUUGGUUCUCCUUUUGUAUUGAACAUCUUAAGCUUCAGUUAAGGGAGAAUAUAGGUGUUUUCUACUUACUCACAGGUGUUAAGAGAACCACAAUUCAUUCAUUCACUCUUUCUUAUUCCUAACUGUGAAUUUUUGUUAUAAUUACAUUGUACAAGUGAGAAGAAACACUUGACACUUGACAUUACACAAGUAGAGAAUGGUAAUGUCAGUGUCAAAAAUGACUUUGCAUCUAAAGUUUCUGGUACAUACAUCCAAUGGUGCAGAUUUCAAAAUUUGUAAACACAAAAUUUGUUUUAAAAAACCAAAAACUUGCUCUAGUUUUGUGACAUUGUGUACUUUUGAAAUAAAAUCAAGAAAGCCGU